UUCACAUGUCAUGGCUGCCUCCGGUGUGCUGAGAGGCAACGUGUUAGCUAAUUUGGAAUAUAAACUUUGGAUUGCAUUUAGCUAACAAGCAUUGAUCUGAGCCAGAAUUGAAAUACAGCAGCUAUACACUUCUUCAUACUUAAGGAACACCACCAUAUCAGGUGGCCGCCUCAUCGUGUUUCAGAUAAGUAAAAGCAAUCAAUAGAUAUGGCUUCAUUCAAACCCACCAAAAUUCAACAAUACCCCAAGUUGGGCGAGAAAGUCACACAAGAUACUUUGUAUUGGAAAAACUAUAAGUCCCCAGUCUUGAUAAAGGAGUUUGGAGCGAUCACAAACAUUGAUUGCUCCCCAUUGGCACCUCACAACUAUGCAGUGACAGCUUUCACAAGGAUCCACAUCUAUGGGCCGUUCUCCCAGGAGCCCGUGAAGACCUUCACGCGGUUCAAAGACACGGCGUACUGCGGACGCUACCGGUCCGAUGGCCAGAUGCUGGUGGCCGGCUGCGAGGACUCGGUGGUGCGUCUCUUCGACGUCAGCGGCCGGGUGGCUCUGAGGAUGUUUAAAGGGCACUCAAAGGCUGUGCGCGUGACCGACUUCACCUCGGACCGCUACAAAAUCCUCACCGGCUCGGACGACUACAGCUGCCGCCUGUGGGACAUCCCCAACGCCGCCCAGCUGUGCUCCUAUCAGGAGCACACGGACUACAUCCGCUGUGGCGUCGCCAGCAAGCUCAGCCGAGACCUCUUCAUCACGGGCUCCUACGACCACACAAUCCGAAUGUUUGACGCGAGGACAGACAAGAGUGUGAUGACCAUGGACCACAGCCAGCCUGUGGAGAGUGUCCUCCUCUACCCCACAGAGGGACUCCUGGUCUCUGCAGGGGGCCGCUACGUGAAGGUGUGGGACCUGUUGAAGGGAGGCCAGCCUCUCGUGUCUCUGAAGAACCAUCACAAAACUGUGACCUGUCUGUGUCUCAGUAGCAACGGGGAGAGGCUGCUCUCUGCUUCUCUAGACAGGCACGUGAAGGUCUACAACACCACCAACUACAAAGUGGUUCACAACUUUGACUACGCGGCCUCCAUCCUCAGCCUGGCCUUGACUCCCGAUGAUCAGACUAUUGUGGUGGGGAUGACCAAUGGCGUUCUGAGCGUCAAGCACAGGAAGAGCCCUGAGGAGAAACAGAAAGUGCCCGGCAAACAAAGGCGGAAGCCGACGUACCGCGUCUUUGUCAAGGGCAGGAAUGUAGUCCCCAAACAGGAUGACUACCUGGUCAGCCGGCCGGUCCAAAUGCACCUGGCCAAGUAUGACAAGCAGCUGAAGAAGUUCAGCGUGUCCAAAGCUCUGGACACCGCCCUGGAGACAUGGAGGAGACAGAAGAAGCCUGAGGUGACCGUGGCGAUGAUGAAGGAGCUGGACCGCAGAGGGAAGCUGAGGAAUGCCCUCGCGGGGAGAGACGAAAACCAGCUCUCCCAGAUCCUCCACUUCCUCAUCGGGAACGUGGUUGAUGUAAGGUUCGCCCCGGUUCUAGCGAACGUCACCGACAUGGUCCUGGAUAUCUACCGGUCAGUGGCUGGGCAGUCCUCCAUUGUGGACAGACAGAUCUGUCGUCUGUCGGAGCUGGUGGAGAAGGAGGUAGACUACCAGCUGGAGCUGCUGGAGGUCCUGGGCAUGCUGGACACUCUUUUCGCCUCCAGCCUCCCCAAGAAGGAGUUGCCUUGUCCAGGCAGCAGCAGGGCUAAUGGGUUGGGCCAGAUGGAGGUGGGGGCCCCAGGGCCACAGCUGCAGGCUGCCUGAGGCCCCUGGGGAAGACCGGAGAGCCACAGGAAGGCCUGUAUGGUUCUGGAACUGAUUCCACACGUGUUCUGGAACACGGGAGUACAACUGAAUGAAUGCGAUGUUCCAUUCUUGAAAUCUGUCUUGGGUAGCUCACUAUGGCAACGUGGAUCUGUCUCACUGCAGUACAGCUGUUCCCUGUGGUGACUGAUCCUUUUUUAAAGGAGAGUGAGAGGAUGAGGUGGAGUGUGUGUAUGUAUAUUCCACCCAUUUUUAUGGAUGUAAAAAGAUGGAAUGAAUUUUAUUUGAAUGUCAAAGCUAAUGUUUCUUUAUUCUCUGCUGUGUGUGUGCGUGCGCGUGUGACUAGGUGCAUGUGUACAUUUACUGAUUGGUAGUUUGAGAGCAUGUUAUGCAUCAUUUCUAUGUGCAGUUUUUAUAAAGAAACAAUGAAAUGUU